CAGUGCAGUGGAGACGGACUGAUCUGAGCCUGAUGGAGCGGUGGAAGGGCAGAGUGGCCCUGGUGACCGGAGCCUCGGUGGGGAUUGGAGCGGCCAUAACCCGGGAGUUGGUCCAGCAGGGCAUGAGGGUUGUCGGCUGUGCCAGGAAUGUCGACAAAAUAGAGAAGCUGGCAGCAGAGUGUCAGAGCGCAGGCUACAGCGGCACUUUGAUCCCUUACAAGUGCGACCUGUCCAACGAGGAGGACAUCCUGUCCAUGUUUUCAGCCAUCAAGACUCUGCACAAAGGGGUGGACGUGUGCAUCAACAACGCUGGACUGUCCCACAACGAGCCCUUACUCAGUGGCAGGACGGAGUGCUGGAGGAACAUGAUGGACGUUAAUGUCUUGGCAUUAGCUAUCUGCACCCGUGAGGCGUACAAAUCCAUGAAGGAGAGGAAUGUGGAUGACGGCCACAUCAUCAAUAUUAGCAGUUUGUGUGGGCACAGAGUGUCACCAAACACAGGUCUUCACUUCUACUGUGCCACUAAAUAUGCUGUGACUGCACUGACUGAAGGACUCCGUCAAGAGCUUCUUGAAGCAAACACCCACAUCAAAGCCACGUGCAUCUCUCCUGGACUGGUAGAGACCGAGUUUGCCUUUCGGCACUUCAACGAUGAGCCGGAGAAAGCAGCUGCAGUGUACGAGAGUAUCAAAUGUUUGAAAUCAGAGGACAUAGCGAGUGCUGUCACGUUUGUGCUCAGUGCCCCUCCUCACGUGCAGAUUGCAGAUGUGCUGAUAAGGCCGGUGGCACAGGUGUCAUAGCGAAGAGGUCACGGCAGCCGCGGUACCUCUUGAACACCCUCAUGUGGUCGGAGGGGGGUGGGGUGUGUGUGUGUGUGUGUGUGAUGAAAUAAAUCAGCUACAGUUGUGCGGCUGUGGUGGGGCCACGUUUGAGGAGGCUGCUGGGUGACGUGGACAUUCUAAACCACUACAGAUAUACUACUGAAGGCAGCGACCUGCUGUGUGUGAAGUGUUCAGCUGCUGUUUAACUCAGCUGCAAAACUACAGCUGGAGUAAAUUACAGAAAGGUGCUGCUGCUGCUGUUAUCUGCACAACCGUCGAUACCGUGGGAAGAGUUUUCCAGUGACGACACGUCUUUACCUCCACUAUGGGGGUUAUGUGAUAAGUUUUUUGUUGUUUUUUUCCAUUCUAGCAAGAUGUCUCAAAAAAUUAUCAACACAUUUAGAUGAAAUUUUGUCAGGAGUUGUGCAACAGGUCCACAAGUGAUGGUUAGCUGAGUGUCAACUAAUCGGCUGAUUUGUUCUUGCUGGGGAAAAGUGUGUUUUUAAUUUGGUGGUGUGCAGGGUGUUGGUUUUACAGGCAGCGAUGGCGGUUUCAGUCUAGAGCCCGACCGAUAUGGAUUUUUUUGAUGCCGAUAACGAUAUUUGGAUGAAAAAAAAUGCAGAUAAUCGAUAAAUCAGCCGAGAUAUUUUUUUUUUUUUUAAAAUGAAUAA